GCGAGGGCCAGUUCCUGCCAGCCACCGGACAUGCAGGUGGCAUUGCAUUGGUGCUGAUCUAUGGAGCGGCCCUGGUCGCUGCCGUGGCCAACCCAUUGACGAAGAGGCGCCUGGAGGUCAGGGACCAGGCGGGGAAGCGCAGUGGAGUCGAAGUGAUCAAGGCGGCUGCACGGGAAUCCGUACCAGAGUGUGGCUCUGAGCGCAGACAG